GGCCAUCCGACGAUUGACACUGAAAAAUUCUUGGCUUGUUCUUGAAAAAUUAGACAACGAUUCAUAAGAACCUGCGUCGCGUGUUCGAUUCCAAACCCCAGAAUGGCACUGCUGCUCGAUCGGAAGCAGAUUUUGGCGCUGUUACUGGCCACGUGGCUAGCGAUCGCGCAAUCUGGCCCGCUGCCGGAAGAAGGUGGUGAAGAAACAGAAGAUUCGGUAAACGCGAUCGCCCAGUCGGAGGACGAGAUCGACAUUUCUCAUUUGGGGGCUGAUUUGUACGGAGAACCAGACGAAUCGGUUGGGCUGAUAGUGGCCCGCUAUGAUCCGGAAAGCUCGCCGCAAAACCCGGAGGAGAUGGGAAGCUAUCUGGAGGGAGACAUGCUUGUGCCGCGGCCGGCCGGACGCAACGGAAUCAACGAUCCCGCCCUUCGAUGGCCCGGCGGCAAGGUGCCGUUUGUGAUUGCCGGGAAUUUCAAGGCCUCGGAGAUGCAGAUGAUCGAGGACGCCUUUAACGAGUACCACGCAAAAACGUGCAUUCGCUUCACGCCCCGGAUGGGCGAGAAGAACUACAUCUCGAUCGAGAGCUCCAACACCGGAUGCUGGUCCAGCGUCGGAAUGUUGGGCGGCAAACAGGAGGUGAACCUGCAGAUGCCCGGCUGCACCACCAAGGUCGGCACCAUCGUCCACGAGCUGAUGCACGCCCUCGGAUUCAUGCACGAGCAGAACCGCUGGGAGCGGGACGAUUGGGUUCGGAUCCAGACCGGCAACAUCCAGCCCGGUACCGAGAACAACUUCGUCAAGAUGGGCAAGGGCAAAACGGACGGAUUCGGCGUGAGCUACGACUAUGGCAGCGUGAUGCACUACUCGGCCAAUGCCUUCUCGGCCAACGGUCAGCCGACGAUUGUGGCCAAGAAAUCGACCAACGGUGCCACCAUGGGUCAGCGGGAAGGUUUCUCGUCCAAGGACAUCGAAAAGAUCAAUCGUAUGUAUGAGUGUAAGCGGGACGCGAUUGGGACCGGUCCGCCGAUUAAACUGCCCAGUGGAAUGCAGCCACCGUUCACUGGAAUCGGAGGAGCAGCUCCACCAGGUGGUCCGUACUAUCCGCCAAACAUGCCAAACCAGGGAUACUAUCCGGGAGGACUCGGAGGUUACCCAUCCAAUCCCGGCUACGGCCUGUAUCCGGGUACAGCUGCCGGUGCAGGAUAUUAUCCUUCCGGACCAGGUUCUUAUCCGGGUCCGUACGGGUAUCCGGCAGGUCCAUAUGGGUAUCCUGGUCCGUACGGAUAUCCCGGCCCUUAUUAUCCCUAUGAUGAGAACACCAAGAACGAGCUUGAUCCUGUCAACGACUAG